AUAACAGAAAUAUACAUUUAAAAAUUAUCUAUAAAAUAGUUUAUUAAUGACAACCACCUGUUCCCUAUUUCAAAUAGACAAUAAUAUUGCAUUGAAAGUACUCAGAUAAAACAAAGGGAAGAAAAUUGUAAGACAAUGCAUGAGUUUUCAAAAGCAAAUAUGUAUUUAUAGGAUUUUAACUGAUUCAACUUGUAGCUUAAUCUUCUUAAGUACUAAAAACCAGAGUUUACUGGUGGCUACAGUAGUUAUUACAUACACAUCAUACUAAAUGGGUUGGCAGAUCACUUUUUCAUGUUCACACCACAGUACUGUCCAAGCUGCUUCCAUAACAUAACAUCAGCAGUAACCAUUCGACUCUAGAGACGGAUACACACCAGACAGAGAAUCUAACAGUCCUUUUUUUUAUUUGAUUAAGCAUGUAAUUGUGACAGAUAUACAUGUAGCCAAAUGUUUUACAAAUUCUUUGUAAAGAACACAAAUAAGGAUAUCUUCUGAUGACAUGCUGGUACAAGUGUCCAUCGUAAUGUUUCUUCUCGAGACAUCAUUCAGUGCAGAUAUCACCUACCACAUUAAAGAGGGUCAAAGACCCAACACCAUUGUGGGAGAUGUUGCUGAUGACAUUCAUGUGUUAGAAAAUGUUAUAUUACAAAAGUACAACCAUAUAACAUUUAGUCAGCUGCAAAAGAGUGGAAACUUAAAUUUGUUCAAUGUAACAAAAACAGGAAAGCUGUAUACUGCAGUGGUCUUGGAUGCUGAAUCUCUUUGCAAAUAUAAUACAGAAUGUUAUAGUAUGGUUGAUGUAGCUGUUCGGAAUAAAAAAUCUUUUAUAAGUAUUAUUGAAAUAAAAAUAAUAAUCAGUGAUGUCAAUGACAAUUCUCCAGAAUUCAUGCAAGACUCCAUCAAACUCCAAUUUUCAGAAACAGAUGGAAAAGGAACAUCAAAAUCUAUUCCAAAUGCCUUUGAUCGUGAUGUUGGUUUUGAAAAUUCAAAGAUUUCAUACCAACUUUUACGGUCCAAAGACGAUCCAUUUAUAUUGGCAGUAUCCCAGAAAGUAGAUGGUUCUGCUGAGUUGGAAAUAACUUCAACCCAAAUGCUAGACAGAGAAAUCAAAGCUACAUAUAAUCUUCAAAUUAUAGCUAAAGAUGCUGGAACACCACCAAGACAAAAUACCUUAAAUGUUCAAAUUACUGUUGAAGAUGAAAAUGACAAUCAGCCUGUGUUUGAACAAAAUGUAUACAAUGUGUCAAUCAUGAGUUCCCAUGACCAAGGCAUGCCAAUCAUUACACUUACUGCAAAUGAUCGAGAUGUUGGUGAAAAUGGUAGAAUAAGCUAUUAUUUCGCUUCUAAAACUUCAGAAUCAACAAAAUCUAAUUUUAAUUUGAACAAAAGAACAGCAGAAAUUUUUCUGAAUAAAGAUGCUUCAUUAAAAAGAAAACAAGUUUAUAAUUUGUAUGUAAAAGCAGAAGAUGGUGGUACUCCUCCAAAGAGCUCCACUGUAGCUGUUAUAAUAAAUGUCAUCAAUCAGAAGAACAGUGCACCAACUAUUGAUGUGAAUUUUUUUUCUGAGCCAAUGGGAGGUGAAAUUACUAUUCCUGAAGAUAUAUCAGUUGGUAGCUUUAUUGCAUACAUAAAAGUCACAGAUGAAAAUAAGGGUGAAGAUGGAAAUGUAUCUUGUACUAUUGAUAAUCACCUAUUCCAGUUACACAGUCUAGGAAAUAUGAAGUACAAAAUGGUCAUUCAAAAUCCUGUUGACCGAGAAAAAGAAAGCAAAAUCAACUUAACAUUGAUCUGUCAAGAUAAAGGUACCCCUCCUCUAAAGACUAUAAAAAGAUUCUCGGUUCUAGUCACUGAUUUCAAUGAUGUUCAACCACAAUUUUCUAAGGAUUUAUUCAAAUUUCUAAUCUAUGAGAAUGAAAGCCCUAAUUUUCCUGUUGGCUUUAUUAUCGUUACUGAUCCUGACCUUGGACCUGGAGGUCAGCUGACUUAUUCAAUUUUGAAUAAGAGCAAAGAAGCUCUUCCAUUUGAAAUCUCAAACCUUGGAUUCAUUUCAGCAACUGAAUCCCUGGACCGAGAAAAGUGCAGUGAAUAUAAGUUUAAGGUUUUUGUAAAAGACAAUGGAAUACCAUCUCUUAACAACACAGCAGAUGUUAUUGUGGAAGUUGUUGAUAAAAAUGACAAUCCCCCGUAUUUUACAUUCCCUAACGUAAAUCCUUUUAGUCUUGAUGUCCACUACCAUUCACAAAAUAAGGAAGAUAUAAUAGUUCUUGAAGCUUCUGACAGGGAUAUUCAUAUGAAUGCUUUCCUUAGUUAUGAAAUUAUUGGUGGGAAUGAAAGAAAUUUAUUUAAAAUCAAUCCAUAUUCUGGUGAAUUGUCUUUCACUCGUCCCAUUUAUCAAAGUGAUGCUGGCUUUUAUAACUUGCAAUUUAUGGCUAAAGACAGCGGAUCACCAAUUCUCUCGACUGUGACUAAUUUAUCUUUGACACUGACAACAAGCAACAAAACAACCACUGUUUUAACCCCAGUCCAUGCCAUGUCAGCUAAGAAAAUUCACAUCAAUUUGAUGAUAGUCCUGUUAGUGGCAGCUGUUAUAUUUUCUAUUACUCUAGUAGUUUCACUGACAAUAUGCAUCGUAAGGAAAAAUAACAGUAGAAAUAUACAUCAUAACGAUGGAUUUUAUAAUGACAAAUAUGUUGACUAUGUCAGUAGAGAAAUACACCCUCAGUAUGAUAUGCCAGUAACUAUGGAAACAAAGUAUGGGAAAAAGACCAUUUCUCAAGCAACUUUACAUAAACGCCAACACCAUUCUGGAUAUAUUGAUAAAUGGAAGUCUCCGUCAGUUGGACUACAACUCCACGAUGUCACAGAUGAAUUAUAUCAGGUGACGGAAAUAAGUCAAGGAAAAGACAAUAAAAAAGGACAUUUAGCUACAGCAACUGAUCAUUUCUCUGAAAUGUCAACGAUGUCUUCUUUCACAGACAGUGGACAUGGGGGCAGUGAAGCUGAUACUGGAUAUUAUGAAGAACUACCAUGUUUUAGAAAUGACCACAACACAAGGACUUCAAAUCAUGCAGAUUCCAGAAAUUUCUUUUUAAGCAAUCCUCAUCAGCCCACCAACUACAAUAACACAGUCGACUUAAAGUCUUUUAAAAUUGGUAACAGCAAUAGUAGUAGUAUUAGCAGUAACCCAAGACAGACAACUCAAAUACAGAAGCAACCAUCAACAAAAUCAACUGGUGGCAAUACAUUCUUAUCAAAACCACUUCCGCCUAUACCAAAUAAUUAUUCUUAAUUAUAAUCUUACCAACCUCAGCAAGAGACAAAUCAUUUCUGGAAGGAAUUUUUUCUGAAAAAAAAAAUACACAUUAAUCAUUAAUGAACUGUAAAGGCUGGUGAAAAUCUUUGAAUUUCUCAUAUGAAGAAAUGUUGAAAGGAAAAUUUUAAAAAAAAAAAAAAAAAAUUUAAUUUCUGAAGCAAAGCAGCAAUUAAUUAAGAAAUAUAUAAUUUAAGCUAUUCUGGAAAAUAUCUAAAUACUAUCACUUGCUUGUAGGAUAAUACUAAUACAAAAGAUAGUAAUAAUAUACACACCUUGUAAGCAGUGUUGUUUUUCUUUUUAAAGUGAAUGUACAAACUAAUGAAAUCUGAAAAAAAUGUUCCUGUAAAAAAAAAAAAAAAAAAAAAGAUGCAUAUAUUCUAUCUUUGGUAUAUUAAAAGUCUAAGUGAUUUGAUGAACAAAUAAACAUGAAUCUAUCUACCUCUAACAUCUUGCAAUCAUAUUACAAUGUGCCUAUGUGCCUCCAAUAAUACUAUCGAAACUACUUGAGAAGAUUUUGAAAUCAAGUCUAAUAAUACAUACAUACAUACAUACAUACAUAAAUAUACUUUUCUCUCUUUCUCUCUCUCUCUUCUCUCUCUCUCUGCCUCUCAAAGUACACACACACACAUACAUACACAUAUAUAUAUGCAUAUUUACAUAUGUGUGUGUGUGUGUGUAUAUUUAUAUAUAUAUAUAUAUAUAUAUAUGUAUGUAUGUAUGUAUGUAUGUAUUUGUGUGAGUAUGUGUGUGUAUAUAUAUAUAUAUAUAUAUACAGAGGGUGUCCAUACGCUUACAUAUAAAUAUAUGUGUACUUGUAUGUAUGCAUUUACGUAUAUAUAUAUAUGCAUGUGUGUAUAUAUAAGUGUGAUAUAUGUGUGUGUGUGUGUGUGUGUGUGCGCGCGCACAUAUAUAUAUAUAUACAGGGUGCAACGGGUAAAUUGUUGCCAUUUUUUAUUUUUUAUUUCACGCAUGUACAUUGUUUGUGUUUGGUUUGGUUGGCUACAAAGUAUGGUAGGGUCAAUUGGGCACUGUCUGUGAGAAAAAUAGCACCAUGAUGCAAUUUACUCUACCAGAAAUUUGGAAACGACAUGCUGUACUGCUUGGCAUUCACACCAGAAACUCCAAUACAAACAUUUCAGAGUGUUUGGGUGUUACUCUGAGGACAGUACAGAGGAUUUGAAAAGAGUCAGUUGAGUCUAAUAGUGAUUAAGAAAGUACGGCAGCUUGGAAAACUCACUCUGAUCAUUCUAAAAAGAAAAGAACUCCUGAAUUUGUGAGUGAGAUCCAGGCUAUGAUUGACAACAAUCCUUCCAAGUCAAUCAGGUCCAUUAUCAGGAACAUGGGGAGUGUCUGAGUUUCUUAUCAGGCAGGUAGUGCAUGAAGACAUUUGGUAUUCAUCAUACAAGAUGAGAAAGGGCCAAUUUUUAUUCCAAGCCAUCAAAUGCAAGGGGAAAGCUUUUGAACAAACUCAAGUAUCCCCACCAACUGAACAUGCUUUGGUUUUUCUCUGAGAAAAAUUUCUGCUAGAAUCAAAUGGUUAACACACAGAACUACUGUUGGUUUGCCAUGUCCCUAAAGUAUGUACCGAGAGUGAUAAAAAUCAGACAUCCAGUCAACAUUAUGGUGUUUGGAGUGAUCAUUAGUGAUGGUGAUGUUAUGCCUCCAUUCAUCUUCCCACACGGCCUCACACUCAACAAGGAGGUCUUCAUCAAGCGCCUGGAGGAAGUAGUGCUGCCCUAAGUGAAGAGAGUGACUGCUGGAAGCCCCUAUAUCUGGCAACAGGACUCAGCACCAUGCCUCACAAGUAGGAGAACCCAGUCAUAGCUGUCAGUUUCUACAACCACAUCACCCCUAACAUCUGGCCACCUAACUCCCCAGACUGCAAGCCCCAUGAUUAUUAUUAUGCAUGGGGUGCAGUUGAGUGAGAGAUCAUCCAAACUCCUUGCAACACCAGAGAUGAACUGAAAGCAAGUACUAUGGUAGCAUUCAGCAACUUAAACAAGUAGACCCUCUAGGAGAAUUGCAGGAGACUCUGAAGCCAUCUGGAGAGUAUGGCUGAAGGCAAUGGCAAUUUUAUUGAAUGAAUUUACUUUUUAGUAUUUCAAGUUAUUUUUAUGUAAUUUUGGUAAAUAUAUCUCUUAAAAUGAGA